ACCAGACAACUUGCAGUCAACAUCAAACAACAAAUUUCGUUCACAAAACAAUGCUUAAGGAAAGCAUUUGGAAGCGUUCGAAGCCCGUUGUCGCCAAGGAUCACAGCGGUGCGAUUCUCCCAGAGACUGUGCGUCCGGAUCCCAUUCCCGAGCAGCGCGACGAGGAGCCGCCCUGCAUGAGCUACAUCCUGGGAUGGGAGUACGGCCGCAAGUGGCUGGAGCGGCGGGAUCAAAUCAAGCGACACCAGGCUGUGGUCAAGUCAAUGCGCAUUAUACUGCCCGACUUUGCCUGGUGGGUGAAUCAGCGCCGUCCUUUGUACGUGCGCAAGCAGCGCUUCCGCGCCAAGCCCAAGCCGAAGGCAGGACACUGGCAACCGAUGAGCGCCUUUGCAGAGGGCAAGCAGCGGCGUGAGGCGCAGGAACGGCAUAUACAGGAGUACCGCGAUAAUUCCAACAUCAAAGGGCCAUAGAGGGACACAGCACACCUAAAACCAUAACAGAAGCGACUAAAACCACACUAGUGACAAAAGUCAACCAUAAAUUUGCACAUUUU